AUGAAAAAGACCAGUUUGUCUUCGCUCGAUUCGCGGUCGACCAUCCCACGGACGCGCGAGCAGUACGAGUAUCUGGCGAAAGUCAUUCUGAUUGGCUCGUCUGGUUCAGGCAAGUCCUCGCUGCUCCAUCGGUACGUCUCGCGAGACUGGAGGGCCGUGUCGCAGACCAUCGGCGUGGGAUUUGCCUCCAAGGUAGCCGUCGUGGACGGCAGCACGCGUGUGAAGUUGCAAAUAUGGGACACGGCGGGCCAGGAACGGUUCCGCGCGCUCACGAGGUCGUAUUACCGCGGCGCCAGCGGCGUCGUGGUGGUCUUUGAUUUCAGCUCCAGAUCCAGUUUCCAGGCCGUUUCAGAGUUUAUGCAGGACGUGAAAAGCAUGACACCGCCCGACUCGUGCGUGCUGCUCGUUGGGAACAAGAAAGACCUGCCCGAGGUGGUCUCAAGGAGCGAGAUUGCCGGCUUAGUCGACAGCAGUUCUGUGAUGCUGGGACGAACCGUCCAGUUUGUCGCGGCCAGUGCUUUAGACAAUUCCAAUGUGGACACUGUGUUUGAAACCGUGGCCGGCUCUCUGGUCACAAAAAUCGAGCUCGGGCAGAUCGACCCAGAAGACCCGGCGAGCGGCGUGCAGUACGGCGACCUCAGCUACGACGCUAUCACGCUAGCGACUCCUCAACCCAGAGAAUGCUGCUGA